AUGAAACUUGAAAAUAUCUUGUUGGACGAAGAUGGUGUUGCCAAGCUGUGGGAUUUCUCUAGUUGCGUCUCGAUCCCACAAGGUGAAACAUUUGUCAAGCAUAAGUAUGAGUGGGGUGAUACCACUCCGAGAAUCAGUUUGUAUGGUUUCAUGGACCCUAAUUUGUGGAAAAAAGGUGUAGUCUCCAAGAAAACGGACGUCUACGGCAUUGGAAUUCUCAUGCAAAAGCUUCUCAGUGGAGAACAAAGAUGCCAAGACUUUUAUUUCGAAAAACUAGUGAAAGGCGAAAACGAAACAUUUCAAAGCUUUUUGCCGUUUUCUCUUGCGUUACGUUUUCCAAAUUGGCUGUCCAAGCGAAGAAUGGAAGAGAUGGCAAAACCAGAAGUUGAGGUUCUAAGCGAGGAACCAAGAUUUAGGGACCUUUGUUUUGAAGAAGUAGAAGAACUUUAUUAUGAAGAAGCAUUCAACAGAUCAAUUGUGUCGCCUAUUUAUUCUCCGAGACGUUUUCCAAAUUGGUUGUCCGGAUCAAUGGAAGAGAUCGCAGAUCCUGAGAUGAUAGAAGAGAUGGGUGGUAUUACAGAAGAAGAACUUUGUAGAAUGGAAGAUUUCCUAAUGCUCUCUCAGAGAUGCGUCGGCCAUAGCGGACAAGUUCCAACAAUGGUGGAAGUAGCCAAAGAACUAAAGAAGAUCCAAAAAUCUCCUUAA